AUGUUUGGGAAAGAGGAUAUGGGGCCUUUUGCAGACCCUCAACACAAAAACGAUACCGAGCAUGUGGAAAGAAACGAGAACGCCAUGCCACGGCGCAUCUUAGGGACCGCUGCAGAGCGUGCAAGGCGCAACAUCAAUGCUAAACUAGCCAAUCCACUGGCGGGGUAUUCCUAUGAGGAACUGCGCAAACAAGGUAUCAACUUCGCUGUUACACACCACAUAGGGGAUGAAGAAGAUAUUCGUGCUUUUGGAAUAGGUGCUGUUCUGGCCCAAGUACCGGAGAAAUUCAAUCAUGUUCCCGACCUGAGGCCCGAUGAAAUAGAAGUUCUACAGAAGGAGUUCUCCAAUCGUUGGUCCCAGCCCUGGACAAUGUACCUAGUCAUCGCUCUAUGCUCCCUGGCUGCGGCCGUACAAGGAAUGGAUGAGACUGUCGUCAAUGGCGCCCAAAUCUUUUAUAAACAUCAAUUCGGAAUUGGGAACGAUGACUCUAGGUCUAAUUGGCUGGUCGGUUUGGUUAAUUCUGCUCCUUAUUUGUGCUGUGCUGUCAUUGGUUGCUGGCUGACAGUGCCAUUCAAUGCUUGGUUUGGCCGCCGGGGGACUAUUUUCAUCACUUGCUGCUUUUCUGCACUUGCCUGCCUUUGGCAAGGGUUUGUGAACACGUGGUGGCAUAUGUUUAUUGCCAGGUUUGUGUUAGGCUUUGGUAUCGGCCCCAAAUCUGCGACAGUCCCAAUAUAUGCCGCCGAAACAGCCCCUCCUGUCAUUCGCGGUGCUUUGGUAAUGCAGUGGCAGAUGUGGACUGCGUUCGGCAUCAUGUUUGGCUAUGCUGCGGACCUUGUCUUCUAUGAAGUGCGAGAUCCAGUAGGGAUCACAGGCCUAAACUGGCGCCUCAUGGUGGGCUCGGCGAUGCUUCCAGCCAUCCUGGUUUGUUGUUUUGUUUUUACCUGUCCAGAAUCACCUCGUUGGUAUAUGUCGCGGAAGUGCCACGAUAAAGCGUAUCGAUCAAUGUGUAGCCUGCGGUUUCACAAGAUCCAAGCUGCCCGUGACCUCUUCUACAUGCACACAUUGCUGGAGGCCGAGAAUGGAAUGAAACUCGGCCAGAAUAAAGUACUCGAGAUGAUAACCGUUCCCCGCAAUCGGCGUGCCUUGGUUGCAUCUGAGUUGGUCAUGUUUCUCCAACAGUUCUGUGGGGUCAACGUAAUAGCCUACUAUUCUUCCGAGAUCUUCCUGGAAGCAACAAACCAGCGAAACGCUUUGACGGCAUCCUUAGGCUGGGGUCUGAUCAACUGGCUCUUUGCCAUCCCAGCAGUGUACACCAUUGAUACUUUUGGCCGUCGCAACUUGCUACUUACCACAUUCCCUCUGAUGGCACUUUCCAUGUUCUUCACCGGCUUCAGUUUCUGGAUUCCACAAGAAACUCACAGCUCUGCGCGACUAGCAUGUAUUGCUCUGGGUUUAUAUCUCUUUGGCAUUGUUUAUUCCGUAGGAGAGGGCCCUGUGCCAUUCACCUAUUCAGCCGAAGCCUACCCGCUCUACAUACGUUCGUAUGGCAUGGCCCUCGCCACUGCGACAACCUGGUUAUUCAAUUUCACUCUUGCUGUUACAUGGCCAUCUCUUCGCAGCGCGUUUACCCCGCAAGGAGCAUUCAGUUGGUACGCAGGCUGGAACAUUGUGGGUUGGUGGCUGAUACUCUUGUUGAUGCCUGAGACUAAAGGAAAGACACUGGAAGAGCUAGAUCAGGUUUUCUCCGUUUCCACAACUUUUCAUGCUGCGUACGGACUUCGGCAAAUCCUAUAUUUCUUCCAAAGAUAUAUCUUACGCCAGAACGUGCGGCCGGAGGUCUUGUAUGAGCGGGAAGAUGCAUUUAGCGUUCCACCAGAAGCUGGUUACAACACUCUAUGA